ACCUGGAGACUCGGUGGCCGAGGGGCUUCAUCCCAGCUGAGGAGCGAAGAGCCGCUGGCGGCCGCGGAUCUCACAGCCGCUCGGGGUUUUUAGAACUUCAGCUAUAAAAAUGGGCAGAAUUUUCCUCGAUCAUAUCGGUGGUACCCGUCUGUUUUCUUGUGCAAAUUGCGAUACAAUCCUGACCAACCGCUCAGAGCUCAUCUCCACUCGGUUCACAGGCGCCACUGGCAGAGCAUUUCCUUUUAACAAGGUAGUUAACCUGCAGUACAGUGAAGUUCAAGACCGGGUCAUGCUCACUGGCCGCCACAUGGUUCGAGAUGUGAGCUGCAAGAACUGCAAUAGCAAACUGGGAUGGAUCUAUGAGUUCGCCACUGAAGACAGCCAGCGCUAUAAGGAAGGCCGUGUGAUCCUGGAACGCGCUCUAGUACGAGAGCGAGGGCUUCGAGGAGCACGUACCAUCUGAUAACUCUUGAAGAAAAAGAGGUAACUCCAUCUUUUCCCAGGUCUCCUUCACUGAAAACAAAAAUCUACUUACAUACACUGUCACCUUAGCAUCAGGGUCGGAUUCAUGAACUGCGGAACAAGAGGUUGUGAGAAUCUAAGAUGGAACCUUUCUUUCUUUCUUUCUUUCUUUUUUAAUUUUCAAUUUUCCAUCCAGCAGCAGUGUGUAGAGAGAAUAUUAUGCAGAUGCCGUUAAUUUUUUUCCCCCUAUGUUUACAUCUUGAGGCAGAAUAAUCUAUCUGCAGCUACAUGAUGGGCUAUGUGAGGAAAAAAAAUCUGGGCUGUUAGAGUGAAAAAGUGUGUUUUAUGUAAAUUUUGAAAGGAAAAUGUGUCAAGAGCAUGAUUUUUAAACUUAUUUGGGCUUCAUUUAAAAAAAUGUUUUUUAAACCCCGUUACUUCACUUGAUUUGCUAGCUUCAGGGAAGAGACCCGACUUUGUGACCAGCGCUAAAGGUUCAGUGUUAGUGUGGCUUGUGCUGGCCGCUGUGCCAUAUUCUUGUUGGAGAUGAACCGUAGCACCAGAGCCCAUCCUUCCUUGUCAGUCUUGACCCAAAGAUGUCACCAUUCCUAGUUAUUUGUCACCACAUAAUUGGUGUUGAUUGGAAACUUUUCCUGAAAUGGGGCAGAACUGCUUGGUUGUCUUUUCCAUGUAACUUAAGCAUAGUAAUAUAAAUAAAGUAAUAGUUGGAUGUUUUUGGUCCUGUGUUGCUUUUAAAAACACCUUCUAAAAGAAGAGCGGAGUAUUUGAUAAGUAAUUUUCAUGGUAGUGUUUCUUUUCCUCUCUCGAGCUAA